AUGUCUCGAAUUGUUCUUCCUACUAUUUCAGUGCGCUCCUCUGACACUUUAUCUUUGCGCAUAGUCAUUGCGACCUCAGGGCCAUCCUCUAACUAUCCGCAACGUGCAUAUCGGAAUCCUCUAGAUGCCUUAGUGAACUUCCUCGACGCCAAGCAUGGCAAGAACUGGUGGAUUUGGGAAUUUCGUGCUGAGGGCACUGGAUACCCUGACUCGGAGGUCUAUGGACGAAUCCACCAUUACCCAUGGCCGGACCAUCAUCCGCCGCCGUUUGCGCUCAUCCCAGCAAUCAUGGGAAGCAUGAGGAAUUGGCUGCAGAGACUAGAUGAUCCAGAUGGCGAGGGGAAGCCACAGCCUGCGGAAGGGAAGAGAGUGGCCGUUGUGCAUUGCAAAGCCGGUAAAGGACGCAGUGGGACCAUCGCGUGCAGCUACUUGAUCAGCCAAGAGGGAUGGAAGAUGGAAGAUGCCCUUCAGCGGUUCACCCAGAGGCGGAUGAGAGUUGGAUUCGGGCAUGGUGUGAGUAUCCCCAGCCAACUGCGCUGGGUGGGAUACGUCGACCGGUGGGCGAAUCAGAUGGGCAAGAAGUAUAUUGAGCGGCCGGUUGAGAUCCUCGAGCUGCAUGUCUGGGGCCUGAGAGAUGGCGUCAAAGUUGCCAUUGGGGGGUUUGUCGACGAGGGCAAGAAGAUCAAGUGUUUCCACUUGUUCCAUCGCAGCGAACGAACGGUCGUUGACGAUGGCAAGACCACAUAUCCGGCGAAGAACACUCAAAAUGGCAGCGAGAGCAGCACCAGCAAACCAGAUACGACCGCCGACUCGCCCUUACCCGCUUCCCAGACUUCUACAUGGUCAAGCACCAUCGCUUCCACUUCCUCCCCUGACUCCACAGUCACUGCGCCCCUAGCAUCAGGACCUGAAGGCCUCAGCGCUGCUCCCCAAAGACGCAUCUCGGCCGUCAUCCUCCGCCCCAGCACACCAGUCGUCCUCCCCUCCUCCGACGUGAACAUCGACUUCGAACGGCGCAGCAAAGCCGCCUACACCGGUUGGGCAAUGGUGACCUCCAUCGCCCACGUCUGGUUCAACGCCUACUUCGAAGGCGGCGACAAACACGACUCGGGCGUCUUCGAGGCAGACUGGGAGUCCCUGGACGGGAUCAAGGGUUCCACAAAACGGGGCGUCAAAGCGCUCGACCGCCUCAAGGUCGUCUGGCGGUACGCACCACCUUCCCGCUUCGGUAUCCGCGAGCCCGGAAAGGACGACACCGCCAUCAUGGCGCAAGCCAUCACCGAGCCGAAACCAGGCGAGCCGAUCCGCGAAAGCCACCCGGCCGACUGGCGUGGCCAGGAAACAGGCGCAGCCGACGAGCACGAGCACGAGCAGGAGCACAUUCCCACGCGAAUCGCCGAGCUCGAGAAUCAUCACACCGGAACCAAGGGUCUUACGACCGCGACAGACCAUCCGUUGCUCACGAGCGUUAGUACGGCGGCUGCUACUGCGGUAUCGGCGACUGCACACUCGAUUCACGGGCUUAGCAAGGAGCUGGGGCUGCGGAAGCAGACGGAUGAGAGUAAAGAUGUCAGUCUUGCGGAGAGCGAUGUGGAAUCAGGACAAUCGAAGAUCGGUGCGGCCGGGAUGGAUCGGGAACAGUCGGCCAAGGAAGAUGAGAAUGGGGAUGAUUUCAAAGGCGUCCGGCCCUAUUUUGGGAACAAUGGUGAUAAUUCGGAGCACCAUUCCGGCGAGGCUGACUCUACGAGAAGUCCGCAAUAG